AUGAGCGGCGAAACGACACAGACGUCGUCUGACUCUAUCGCGACAUUGCAUCUCUGGCACGACGGCACGACGGUGAACACCAAAGAACGAGUUAUGGGCCAGGUCCAGGCCCCAGUGUCCACUAUCCCAGCUGCCGACCAGUUCUUUGCACCUGGGGACCAAAGCAAGCCGAAUGUGGUCUUUUUGAAAGAGCAUUUCUUGCGCGAAGGGAGGCUGAGCGAAGAGCAAGCGUUAUGGAUUGUCGAGCAAGCGGCGUUCGUCUUGAAGAAAGAGCCCAACGUGUUGACUCUGGGGAGCCACGCAACAGUUUGUGGAGAUAUUCAUGGUCAAUUUUAUGACCUUAUGAAACUGUUCGAAUAUGGUGGCGAUCCCGCUCGCACGACAUACCUUUUCAUGGGGGACUACGUCGAUCGUGGCUAUUUCAGCAUCGAGUCGGUGUUGUAUCUCUGGGCGCUUAAGAUCUGCUAUCCCGAUACACUAUUCAUGUUACGCGGCAACCACGAAUGCCGACAUUUGACCGACUAUUUUACCUUCAAGCUCGAGUGCAAGCACAAGUACUCUGAGCGCCUCUAUGACGCAUGUACCGCCGCAUUCUGUGCUCUCCCCCUCGCAGCAAUUCUCGACAAGAAGUUCUUCUGUGUUCACGGGGGCUUAUCGCCCGAGCUCGAUACAGUCGAUGAUAUAGACAAAAUUGAUCGUUUCCGCGAGAUUCCCACUCGGGGGCUGAUGUGCGACCUGCUUUGGGCGGAUCCUGCCGAAAACUUCGAUACCCGGAAAACGGACGAAAACUUCCUCCACAACCACGUUCGAGUUACAAUGCGGUCUCUACAUUCUUGGAACGGAACAAAUUGCUAUGCAUCAUUAGAGCGCACGAGCCACAAGCUGCGGGGCAAGUCCUGUUUUGCUCCAAAGUUUGGAAUAACUCUGAAUAGAUUCCGCCUUUACCGCAAAAUUCCCCGUUCCAAGUUUCCAUCUGUGAUAACCGUGUUCUCGGCACCAAAUUACCUUGACUUUCAUAACAACAAAGGCGCAAUAUUCAAAUAUGAGAACAAUGGAGUCAAUCUUCUCCAAUUCAGCUGCAGUCCACAUCCGUUUUGGCUGCCCAACUUCAUGGAUGUGUUUACGUGGAGCCUGCCCUUCGUCGGAGAGAAGAUUACCGACAUGCUAGUGGCCGUGCUGAACACCUGCACUCAGGAAGAACUACUCGAAGAGGACAACCAAGCAUCUUCACACUCACCGACGACGCCAACAGAUGUCCAGCGACGAAACGUUAUUCGUAACAAGAUUCGGGCCGUCGGUAGGAUGGCACGGGUGUUUUCGCUACUUCGCGAAGAAGCAGAGAAGGUUUCCGAGCUCAAAAGUAUCACGGGCUCGAGCCGUCUUCCGUCAGGAACCCUCGCUGGCCUUGGGCUGCCGCUUGACCAAGGCUUCGGGCAGAGUGAAGCGGGUUUGACCUUCGAGGAAGCCCGCAAGGUCGACAUCGAGAACGAGCGUAUGCCGCCGGAACUGGUGGAUGUCAAGUCUGCCGAGGGGAGGAGGGUCUUGAUGAGCAAGAUCACUUCUUCUGACAGUAUGGCUGUGGAUCGGACGGGCUCCAGUCUGCGGACGAGCUUGGGCACGACCACGACUAGUCCAAGUACACGACGACGGGGACUUGAGGAAACACUGGGGAGGAUCCAGGAAGUUUGGGAGCAGGCGGAGCCGCAGAGAUGGACUGAUUAG